AGCAUCGAAUCUGAUCGAAUUGAAUAAUUGUCAAACAUUUUAACUGCAGCUAAAGGUCCUUUGGAAUAAAUUGGUAGUUCAGGGAAAGAUAAUUAUUUUUUUCUAAAAAUAUCAUUAGUCUAAAGCAGACAUGUCUAAAGUGGAAAUAGAUCCAAAUGUUCCUAUAAUGGAGCAAAUUAAAAAUCUCAUUAAACCACCGCCAUCGGAAGAGGAAAAAGUGACAUUGCGCCCAGUUAAUACCAAGCAUCCAUAUUACAAACGACCGGGGCGAGGACAUAACCAUGAUCUUUGUGAUGCAUGUGAAGAAGGCGGUGACUUGCUCUGUUGUGAUCGUUGUCCAUCAAGUUUCCAUUUGCAGUGUCACGAUCCACCGCUUACGGAAGAAGAUAUACCAAGUGGACAGUGGCUUUGUCACAGCUGCCGCAUGACUCUGAAGCCUACGUCAUCAUCAAAAUCGAGUUCUGUUGAGCGCAGUGCGUCUGGAGUUGCAGUUGCAAGUCGUGCGGAUAACUCUCGUCCCAGUACACCUUCGGGUGCCACUGAGGCAGAAGCACCCCCGUUUAAAUUUCGUAAUCUACGAAAACGAAGUAGUAGUCGUGCAUCAUUUUGCAGCGACCUUAGUAGUACUGAGAAAUAUUUGUCCAAAUUGCCUGUAGGAAUACAAAGAGCAUUGGAUCCAAACAAAAAACCAACACCAUUAGAUGAGUUGAUAAAAGCGGCAAGUAUAUUAAAUCCAAAACAGUUUGAGUUGCCGCGUGAGCUAGAGAUACAUUCUCAAUUUCCAGGGAAUGAUAAAGUGGAACCUAUUCGCAAAAAUGGUAAUGGGAAUAAAAAACCAAGCAACAUAAGGAGAAAUUCUAAACCAUAUGAGCUGGACUCUCAAGGUAUGGUGCCAUUGCCAGCAAAAACUUGUUUCUACUGUCACAAGUCUUGUAGAAAAGCGCCUCUUGUGGCUUGCGAUUACUGUCCGUUAUACUUCCAUCAAGAUUGUCUAAAUCCACCAAUGACUGCUUUACCAACUGGUUUGUGGAUGUGUCCGAACCAUGUGGAAAAUUUUAUUGAUAAUCAUCUCGUAAAUAGCAUUUCCGCUACGGAGCGUGUACGUUUGUGGGAUAAAUUCGCACAACCUUUCGAUCACGAAACUGUAAAAAUGGAAUUUUUUAGGCGCGUACACAUGCGAAAUCCCCCUUUCCGUAUCAAAGUGCAAAGAAAAUCACGUGAAACGAUAGAAAUACCACCAAUGGUGAAAUAUCAUUACGAAAAUCCGCCUCCAUUAUUACCUUCUUUACGUGAAACAUUACGUUACGAUAUAGUUAAACGACGUAAAUGUCUACCUAGUUCUCCAGAAAUAAUAUCGAAAGAGACUGUAGCUGAAUCAGUUUUUAAAGAUUUAGAAGCACUUCAAAGUGCCAAAGCUAAAUUACGUGAAAUUCAGAAAGAGCUCGGUCAAAUAGAUGAUUUGAGUAGCAGUGAUGAGGAAGCUGAUAACACUACAGAAAGUACCGAGGAAAAGAAAACCCAAAAGGAUGAGUCAAAAACUGACAAUGAUAUUGCUGGUAAAGAAAAGGUCGAAGAUGACGAUAAAAAUCACAAGUCAAAAACUAUUAAAAAACGUAAUAAACGUGGAGAUGCCACCAAAACUAUAACUGAUACGCAAGUUAAAGAUGAAGAAGAAGAAAAACCAGACCCAGACGCAGUAUGUACGAAUGAAGAACAACAGCACGGUAUAGACAAAAUAAAAGGUGAGGAUGAUGUGGAAACCGACGAUGAAACUAAAUAUAAUGCCGAAAUAGAUGCUGAGCUUCGUUAUUUGGAUGUCGAUUUAAUAAAGAAAUUAGCAUUUCAACGUUUGCAACAACUUGUACAGGAACAUCCAGAGAUUGUGGUGCAAUAUCAAAAUCGUACAGCAGCUAAGCGCAUACGUGAACUCUCACGAAACGAAACACCACAAGUUUUGCCAUCACAGAUACUCUCACCCGAGGAUGUAAGACGUUUAUCGAUAAUGUUCACCGGUGAGACAUCGUCCAUUCUUGCAGCACAUCAGACUGUUAGCGAUAAUGAUAUGCCGCAAUUACAUCCAGCUUUGGCCACCGCUGCUGCUAUUGUUGCUGCCGACGAAGAAGAACAAAAGUACAAACCACGCAUACGUACGGACGGCGAAAAGGCCUAUGAAACAGCAACGCGGCUUGAAUUGAAGUUGAUGCGUAGUAAAGUGCGGGCUCGUGCCGUACUUACGCCAUUAGGUGAUAUUUUGGAAGACAAUCGUUGGUUUAGUAAUGUCGAGUUGCAUUCGUCAUUUUUUAUGCGUUACCGCAAUAUAAACAUCGGUUCUGGGCAAACUUCUGCUGAUGUGAAUCUCUCACUUAUUGGACACUGUAGUCGGAUUUCGCCUAAGCAUGCAACCAUAUUUUAUGAUGAUUUUACAAAAACGUACGAACUUAUUAACUACUCAGAAUUCGGCACUGAAGUUAAUGGACAAUUGUAUUCUUGCGAUUUUACUGAUCACGGACCCACGCCAGCGAAAAAACUGAAAAAUGAAGAUGUCGAGUUACAGAAACGCGUUCAAGAGAUUUUAGACAAACGUCGAGGUAUACAACGACAGCAUUAUAUAAUAGACAAAAAUUCAAGAAUGGCUCCGCCAAUGAAAUCUGAAUGUAAAUGCGCUAUGGUGCAAGAACCUCCAAUGCUUCCUGGUGCUUGGGAGGGAACAGCCAUACUUACACAUGGCUCUUUAAUACGUUUCGGUUGUUUAGCAUUCGUUUUUUCAAUACCUGAAUUUUUAUCAGCAAGUAACGGCCAGGGUUAAGAGCUUUUCGUUUAAACGAAUAAUUCAUUUGGUUGCUGCAAUAAGUUUUAGUUUUGCAAAUAAAAAUAUAUAAGGAAUUUUAACUCAGCCAG